GGGAAGUUUCUGACAUACACAUCGACAGUGUAGUCGAGCAAUCUCGGCCUUCUUCGCCGCCAAGGGUUGGUGGUGUGAAGGGCUGGUGCAUCGUCUUGUCUUAAAUAUCAAUCAUGGCAACGUGGCGUGUCUUCCUGCUCCACCCACCGCAUCCCCAUGCCCGUCUCCAUUCCCUCGUCCGCUGGGAACGGAGAUGGCGUUUGCGGCAAGGUGGUCGGGAGCUCGCUGCCGUCGCUGCUGCUUGCGGUGCCAGGGCAAGAGUCGAGAAGAAGAGAGUUGCGGCCAAGAGCACCGCGUCUGCCUUUGCGGACCAUCUCACCAGGCGGACGCGCUCGGGGGCCGGCUUCGACUGGGACCUCUACCGGCGCUACGCGGACGCCGCAGGGGGCCACGCCCACCUGCCCGUCAUGCUGGGCGAGGUGCUCGACGUCUUCCGCCACCUCCACCUCCGCUCCUUCGUCGACUGCACCCUCGGUGCUGCAGGCCACUCCGUCGCCCUGUGGUGUUCGAUCUAUUUCCCAACAGAUUAUAGAGGCGCAUAGAGAGCUGGAGCUGUAUGUCGGUCUGGACGUGGAUCCUGUCGCCCAUGACAAGGCUCGAGCGCGGAUCGAAGACCUCCUAAAUGAUAAUCCUCGCGACGGCAGCUUGAAAGCUUACACCCAUGUCCGGAAUUUCAAGUACAUAAAGUCCGUUCUUGGCGGCAUCGACGAGAACCUCCUCGAAGGCGGAGUCGACGGGAUCCUGAUGGACUUGGGAAUGUCAUCCAUGCAGGUGAACAAUUCGGACAGAGGAUUCAGUGUGCUUGGCGAUGGGCCUCUGGAUAUGCGGAUGAACCCUCAGGCAAGCUUGAAAGCGGAGGAUAUCUUGAAUUACUGGCCUGAUUCUGAAGUGGGACGGGUAUUGCGUGAUUAUGGAGAGGAAAGCAACUGGCGUUUUCUUCAGAAACAAAUUGUGGGUGCUCGUGCAGAUGGGGGAUUGCAUUCUACGGCUCAACUUGUAGAUCUCGUGCGGAGCACAUCUGCCGGGUCUGGAGGAAGGCAUGGUUGGAUCAAGACGGCGACGCGGGUAUUUCAAGCACUUAGGAUAGCAGUUAAUGAUGAACUCCAGACUCUAGAAGAUGCUAUACAUGCCUGCUUUGAUUGCCUCUCCUCUGGUGGUCGGCUUGUCGUCAUCUCCUUCCACAGUUUGGAGGACAGAAUUGUGAAGCGGACGUUUCUUGACAUCAUCGAGAGGGGUGAAGGAGAUUUGAAUGGUAAGGGUCAGAGGGAGGACGAGGCUGAUGGCGGAGGAGAAACGUGGAGUAGGCAUAGAGUGCAGGGAAGUCAUGGUACCGUUCUGACAAAGCGGCCAAUAACACCUUCCAAGGAGGAAGAGAAAUUAAAUCGCAGGUGCAGAAGCGCUAAGCUUAGAGUUAUUCGCAAGCUCUGAACAGCAAUGUUUUUUAUGAGCAACGGCAUUUGUACCCACACUAACGAAGCUUUCUUGGGUUCGUCAUAUGUUAAACCUUAGUGCCCUUUUUGGCUGCUCUGGAUGAAUCUGAUUGCAUCUAUACCGAUAAAAUUAGUUUAGCUUUUUAUUAA